GGCGUGAGCCUAAAGUUCGUUGCUUUCUUAUUAAUUAAUUAGUUUAUUAUGUAUAGAUUCUUUCAGAGAUAUUGUUGAAGAAUUGUGAACAGUGUUAAUGAAGAAGAAAUUUUUUAGUAAAAGUCGCUUUAUUGACGGAAAAAGUGGUGUGAAGGUGAAUUAAUAAAGUAAAAUAUGUUUUUUGGUAGGAAGAAUAUGUGACUGCAAUAAUGAUUGGUGUUAUCCAGAAGAAAAAUUUUCCGUUUAUACUAGUCGCUGGCUUCUUGUUUACUUUAACCUUUAUAAUCUUGUCUUCAAACAGCCCAAGAGAAGAAUUGUUGAUAUACAAGGAUAUAAAUGAGCAUAACGUUGAUACAAAGCCAUUAGAUAGACGAAAAGUGGAAGAAUGGUGGGCUCUCCGAAAUUCCUCGGGGCCAGGCUUUUAUUCUAAAUUAGGUGAAAUCCUCUUUCUUAACAUGCCAGAGCCAAAGAUAAACUCUACCAAAAAAUACCAAAUUUUAGUUUGGAAACACGGAUCCGUUAUAGAAAACCGACAUCUGAAACAGUAUUCCGACCAAAGGAUAGAUCCUUUCCAGUUCUGCUCAGUAAACAACUGCAAUAUAACUUAUAAGGAUACCGACCUAAAGACAGCAGACAUUGUGAUAUUUCAUUUACACAGAACCAAAAGUAAAGACGAGUUACCCAAAGAAAGAAACGCUGAUCAGAUAUGGGCUUUCCUUACCGACGAGAGCCCUUACCACACUUUUCUCAAUUCUGGUGUAAAACUGAAAGAUUUUAAUGGUAUUUUCAAUUGGUCAAUGUCUUACAGGAUGGACACUGAUAUACCAGUACCAUAUGGUCGCACAGUUCUUAGAGCAGGUCCAACUAACCCUCAAAACUCAAAAUUACUUUUAAGCAAGAGGAGAGAUGUGCUUGUAGCUAUAUUGGGAUCCAACUGCGGCGGGCAGAACCAUCGAUGGCAGUACGUGCAUGAGCUAGAAAAGUACAUUACGGUACACAUUUAUGGCGGAUGUAGCAGUAGCACUAAAAAAUGUCCAGGACAUUUUCGAGCAGACUGUCCAGCAAUUAAUGACUACCUCUUCUACCUCUCCUUUGAGAACUCCAACUGUGACGAGUAUAUAACCGAAAAGUUGUGGUGGAAUGCUUUUAAUAAAAACUCAAUACCCAUAGUUAUGGGCUCAAGUCCUAGUACCUAUAAAAAAAUCUUACCAGUAAACUCUUUUAUUAACGUAGAUGAUUUUGCUAAUCCUCGUGCUUUGGCACAAUACUUACUUCGUUUAAAUACUACGGGGGAGUUUAAAAGAUACCACGAUUGGAGGAAUGACUUUGAAGUUCUUAAUGAACACGGGUACUUCCAGAGUAGAUCCUACCACUACUGUAGGAUAUGUGAGGCUUUGAAUUACAAUAGUAAGGAGUCGAAGGUGUAUAAAGACUUGGAGAAAUUUUGGAGUGUAAAAAGGGAUUGUCAUCCACCUUGGAAUACUUGGAAUGACGGAUGAAAAAUGAUUGGAUAAAAGUGCAAGGUGCUAAGUAUAGUGCUUGUCGAAUUUUAUGUGAUAUAUGUCAAUUCCAGUUUAGUUGUAAGUUAAUAAAUUUUAUUUGAUUUUAAAUGAAUUUAUUUAUUGUAAUUUGUAAAUAAAGUAAGUUCAAUAGGUUUAUUUUA